GACGCUGGCGCCGGAGAGUGCGCUGCGCUGCUGGCCCCGCUGCUGCUGGCCUCGCUGCUGCUGACCGCUCUCAGCCUGCGCCGAGAGGUGUGGAAAUUAAAAAAAAAAAAGGACAACUAUUUUGAAUGAAGUUUUGACCAAGCAAAUGCUGGCAAGCAACUUAAAGGAGAUCUCUACCAGUCUUUUCUCAACAAUUAUAUAGUCAACUGAUGUAACAAUGGUACUAAUAUUGGGACGCAGACUAAACAGAGAGGAUCUUGGGGUUCGUGAUUCCCCAGCAACUAAGCGUAAAGUUUUUGAAAUGGACCCCAAAUCUCUGACAGGUCGUGAGUUUUUUGACUUCUCUUCAGGAUCAUCCCAUGCUGAAAACAUACUCCAGAUAUUCAAUGAAUUCCGAGACAGCCGUUUAUUCACUGAUGUGAUCAUUUGUGUGGAAGGAAAAGAGUUUCCUUGCCAUAGAGCUGUCCUCUCAGCCUGUAGUAGCUACUUUAGAGCUAUGUUUUGUAAUGACCACAGGGAAAGCCGAGAAAUGUUGGUUGAAAUCAAUGGCAUUUUAGCUGAAGCUAUGGAAUGUUUUCUACAGUAUGUUUAUACUGGAAAGGUGAAGAUCACCACAGAGAAUGUCCAGUAUCUCUUUGAAACAUCAAGCCUCUUUCAGAUUAGUGUGCUCCGUGAUGCAUGUGCCAAGUUCUUGGAGGAACAGCUUGAUCCUUGUAAUUGCUUAGGAAUCCAACGCUUUGCUGACACCCAUUCACUCAAAACACUCUUCACAAAAUGCAAAACCUUUGCAUUACAGACUUUUGAGGACGUGUCCCAACAUGAAGAAUUUCUUGAGCUUGACAAAGAUGAACUCAUUGAUUAUAUUUGUAGCGAUGAACUUGUGAUUGGUAAAGAAGAGAUGGUUUUUGAAGCUGUCAUGCGUUGGGUCUACCGUGCUGUUGAUCUAAGAAGACCAUUGUUACAUGAGCUCCUGACACAUGUGAGACUCCCUCUGUUGCAUCCCAACUACUUUGUUCAAACAGUUGAGGUGGACCAAUUGAUCCAGAAUUCUCCUGAGUGUUACCAGUUAUUACAUGAAGCAAGACGGUACCACAUACUUGGUAAUGAAAUGAUGUCCCCAAGGACUAGGCCACGCAGGUCCACUGGCUAUUCGGAGGUGAUAGUUGUUGUUGGUGGCUGUGAACGAGUUGGAGGAUUUAAUCUCCCAUAUACUGAGUGCUAUGAUCCUGUCACAGGAGAAUGGAAGUCUUUGGCUAAGCUUCCAGAAUUUACUAAAUCAGAGUAUGCUGUUUGUGCACUAAGGAAUGACAUUCUUGUUUCAGGUGGAAGAAUCAACAGCCGUGAUGUGUGGAUUUAUAACUCACAGUUAAAUAUUUGGAUAAGAGUUGCCUCUCUAAAUAAAGGCAGAUGGCGUCACAAAAUGACUGUUCUACUUGGUAAAGUAUAUGUUGUUGGAGGCUAUGAUGGGCAAAACAGACUUAGCAGCGUAGAGUGUUAUGACUCCUUUUCUAAUCGAUGGACUGAAGUUGCUCCCCUUAAGGAAGCAGUGAGCUCUCCUGCAGUGACAAGCUGUGUAGGCAAAUUGUUUGUGAUUGGUGGAGGACCUGAUGAUAAUACUUGUUCUGAUAAGGUUCAAUCUUAUGACCCAGAAACCAAUUCUUGGCUACUUCGUGCAGCUAUUCCAAUUGCCAAGAGAUGUAUAACUGCUGUCUCCUUAAACAACCUGAUCUAUGUUGCUGGUGGACUGACCAAAGCAAUAUAUUGCUAUGAUCCAGUUGAAGAUUACUGGAUGCAUGUACAGAAUACAUUCAGCCGACAGGAAAACUGUGGUAUGUCUGUGUGCAAUGGUAAAAUAUAUAUCCUGGGUGGAAGACGGGAAAAUGGAGAAGCCACAGACACUAUCCUCUGUUAUGAUCCUGCAACAAGUAUCAUCACAGGGGUAGCUGCAAUGCCCAGGCCAGUGUCCUACCAUGGCUGUGUGACUAUUCAUAGAUACAAUGAGAAAUGCUUUAAGCUCUAAAGCCAGAAUACCUCACCAAGAAGCCACACUGAUCCAAGACAAGAGCGUUUAAAAACUUCCAGUUGGGAACUUGACUUAUCUCCUUUGUGCCAUAUGUAAAAAAAUAAUCCCUGUGCCUUUCUCCCCCAAAUAUCAAUUCUUCAGACUAUAAUAAAGCCUUUCCAAUAACUGAAAGAAUAUUGUUGUUGUUAAGGAUAAUGGUGGCUGUUGCUUGGCCUUGGGAUGUAUGUUUAUAUUUUUAAGAAGCCUAUAUGGACUAAGAAAUAAUGUCUGCAUAUUUUUUAGGAAUUUGUCAAUGAUUUCUUCAGUUAUGUAUGCUUAUCUGUGUAAGACUGCAUAUUUUUGUUAUUGUCUCAUAUGGAGAGAAAACUGCAUGACUGAGAGGCUUUAUUUACGUUAAUCACCUCAUGCUAAAAAUGCUUAGAGAGCAUUCCUGAGAGGAAAAUCAGUUUUAAAAUAUCUUUAUCACUGAUACUGCAUCUCUGAACUGGCAAAUUAUAUUGAAGGUUUUUUUAUUCUGAAACUGAUAAAAAAUAUCAAGCAGCAGUUCAAGUAUCACAAAAUACUGAUUUAUUAUAACUUCAUUCUUAGAAGGGCUGUCUUAUACAUGUUUUGUGAGGAGUUAUGCAGAGAUUUUUAAAAAAAAAUAGUGUGCAUGAAAGUGGGAUCAGAAUUACAGACUUAAUUCCAAAGAAAAAUUAAGUAAUUAUUGGAAGAAAAAAAUGUAACCCACUGUGGCUUUUAAAGUAUUUAUGUAUCAUCUAUAAAUCCUCUUAAGAAGCUUCUUCCUUAAACUUGACCAAGAAGUUAAAAUCUAUUUUACAAUAUUGUUUUGUGGUAAACAAGGACAGGCUUGCUCCCCAACCUAGUAGGAUUCAACCUUGUUAGUUUGGUGCUUUGAUUUAGGACUUCUUCCCUGGUUAUGCUGCCUUCAAUGAAAUCUCUGCCUUUAAACAGGCUAAAGCAGGGACCACUUAUCUCAGUGGGUCCAUUUUUCUUUUAAAUUUUGCUGAGAAAAGCUAACAGCAGUAGUUCUAGUCUCCUAAGAGAAAUAGUUCAUUUAUUAUACCCAUUUUGCAAAAUAUUGCUCAAUAUUUACAAAGUUCUAUAAAAUAAACUGCUUUUGUCUGGAUUUUUCAACUCCAGUGGAAGAAACUUACAAGUUUCCAGAGAGCAAUGUAAACUUUUUUCCUUAGGCAAAUUAAUGGAAACUGCAAAAACUGCAACAUAAGUAACUAUUGUAAUUUCUUGAUAGACAGAUAAAAUUGACAACAUUUAGAGCAUGUACCAGGUAGCCUGUUGUAUUUUGAUUUCCCAGUCACCAUCAUCCCUCACAUUAUAAUUGUGUACUUGUCAUAGUAAGGAUGAUACAAAUACUGUAUAAUUAUAGUGUCACCGGAUUUGUAUUAAAACCAAGGUACUCAUCAGAAAUGUGAUGUGAAUGAUACAGACGUUUCAGAUAGAGAAACUUUAAUGUUUCAUUCGAACCUAAAUUCUAAGGGAAAAUUCUCUUAGAGAAUUUCUACUCUACACGUCAUAAUUUAUAUGAUAAAUAACUUUAUGAUAACUCUCAAAGCAAUUGAGAAAAGUUACUAUUUUGGUUGGAAGACAGUUGUAAGUACAAUGGAGAAACUUGUACCUUUAUAGGAAACAUCUGAAUGAUGCUUUUAUAGCAAAUGUUGUAUUCUCAGUUCAGAUUCUGUGUAGUAAAUGAGGUAAUGCAUUAAGUGUUCGGUAAAUGCUUAGGAUUCUACACAUGAUGGUUGUUAUUUUCAUGUGUAUUUGUAUGAUCAUAUCCACCCAUAAAUGGAGACUUCAUAUAAAAAGACUUGUCAAGAUGAAUUUGGAUUCUAGUAUUUCUGUUUUAAAAGCAUUAACUUGUAUUUCGUGUGUAUUUUAAUAGCCAUGUGUUUAUGUAGCAAAUUUUAAUGAAACUCCCAAAUCCAGAAUGUUUAAACACAGACCUCAUACCAAUACUGUUUUGUUCUUUACAUAAUUUAAGCCACAUAAAAUUGACUAGGUAGAAUUUAUGUUGAAGAUCAACAAGAAUUUCACUUGAAGCCUAGAAAGACUGAAGUAGCUAUUUUUAAAGUUGCCCAACUGAUAUUUUAACUUUAUUUAUCUUCCCUUACUAAUUAGUUCUUGAUUAAUAGUUGUAUUAGCCUUGAUAAAAAAAAUUAGGGUAUAAUUUUAGGGUUUAUCAAAAGGGACAUAUCGGCCAAGUUGGGGUCAGAUUAUAUUUAUUCUGUUAUCCCACAGCUGACAGACUUUAUUAAUAGGUGAUACUCAUAGGAGCCUCUGAGUUAGUAUGUACAUGUGUAUAUAUGUAGAUAAGACAGUAUGGUUGUGUACACUUAUAUAUACAAACACUGAGAAGUUUUGCAGUUUGUGAUGAUCAGAAAAAAAGCACAUAAAGCAAAAAAUAUUUGAUCAUUUUUAUUCAAUUCCAGAAGAGGUUUCAUUGGAGGCAUGUCUAGAGUUCUUUUUCCAUUGGAAAUACAAAAUGAAUAUUAGUAAUGAUGACUUGUAUACUGUCAAAAUCUUUAUAACAUACCAGAAUCUAUAGUAAUGAUGACUUGUUUCUGUCAGAAAACAGAAUAGUGGUAGAGAUGAGUUUGUAUAACCCAACUGUAAUACCUCAGUUGGAAAGAGAAUUUGAAGGUAUGUUUUGUGAAUCAAUAGAAAAGUAUGUUUUUGAGUGUGCGUUUUCAUGGAUUUUAAUCCUUUUCCAUGUUUUCCUUUAUGCAAAUUGCAAAAGUGACCUAACUUCCUCCUUUUCUGCUGUAAAAUUCCUACUUACUUCACUGAACAUAUAAAAAAUGAGAUCUUCAGUAAACAUUUUUCCUAGAUGAUUGAAAUAGAAGUGUCUACUUCAUUUUAAAACCAGGUUUUUUGAAAGAUGGUAUAAAUACUCAGGGAGAGUAUUACCUUGUCACUUUUGAUUAUUUGGAGUGUUUAAAGUGCCAUAACUAUAAACAGCUUUGAUUUGAUGAUUUAGAGUAAAUUUACUUGUUUAAAGGAGUUUCACCCAUGUCAGUGGUUGGACAUUCAUUAUCUUUAGAAAGAUGAAAAUGCUCUGUGAACCGAUAUGUUUUCUCUUAGUGAAUAUGAAUUGUGUAUGAGUACACUGUCAAAUGCCCUUUUUGAAACUCAGGAAAGACAAAGGUUCAAUUAUGCUGCUUUUGUCGACAUGCAAACCAGGUGUGUGCUUCUUUUUCCUCUUCUCUGGAUAUGACAAUAGAUUUUUUAAAUUACUGUGAGAACCCAUCCAUGCAAGAGCGGGGCUGAAUUGUUUGUGUGUGCCUUUUAUGUCUUGAGAUUUAUAUGUGGAAAACACAUCUACUCCAGACAGUAUUUUCAAAAAGGAGAGAUUGCUGUUUGUGUGAUAUAAGGAAUAAGAUAAUGUCUCUUAAGGCUUCCUAUGGAUUGCCUUCAGUUUAGUAAACUCAAGACACUAGUUAACCUCAACUGAAUUUUGGCCUUAUUAGAACUGAUUGUGCAUUAUGUUAAAAGCCCAGGUUGACAUCACCUCACCCCAUUAUUAUUUGUAGGUAAACAGUCACUGUACCAAGUAACCAAAAUGGGGCAGUUUGGUUGAUCUGUAAGGCAAAAUGGGUUUGACUAGCUAGCUAUAUUUGUCAUAUCUAAUGCUAGGCACCAGAAACCACUUGAGCCAGGAUGUGAACUGAUAAUUCCAGAGACAUUUUCAACAUACUUUUGACAUUUUUUAAUGUUUUUAUGCAAGUUUUACAUUUGUGUGAUUGCUUUAGAUAUUAAACUUAUAUAGUGCUAAAAAUGAUCAUCAUAAGUAAUUUUUAAGAAACAGCAAGUCAUAACUUAUUUGUUAUUCCAAAGAAUUUCUGUUUUAAUGUUUUCAAAAUAACUGCAUCUGGAUUUAUGUACCUUAGUUCUCGAGUAUGACUCCAAUUUUUUUUUUCAAUCUAAAUCUUGCCUUAGGCAAAUUUCAUGUUUCCUAUGGAGUAAAUUUCUCCUCCUUAAUGAGCACCCAGUGUGUGGUUUGGCAGAAUGAGAAUGUUAAGGAAGGUUGGAUGCUUGGAGUUUUAUUGUAUUUUCAUUUUUACUUUUUGAUAUAUAGGUGCUUUUUAAGACAUUCAGGUAAACAGCUGUCAUAAUUAUUAAACUCUCAUAAACAUCAUUUGCAAUAUCUACAUCUUACCUUAUUUUGUUCCAUCCUUAUAUACUAUUUUUCCUCUGUAAGCUUUUUCUUUACUUGAAAAAGCACCUAGUCUUCCCUUCCUCAACACACAUCCCUGUAGUAAAUUUCUGUUGAAUUUCCAGAGCUAAGACAAUAUACUUUUUAGAGUUGAACAAAGUGUAACCUGCUAUACUGUAAAACUAGUACAGACCUGUGGUGACCAGAUGUCAUUUGCUUUCAAAGAGUCUUCACAGUGAAAAAAAUGCUUUGUAUUUCAUUGUUAUCAAUUUACUUGUAGCACAUUAAUACUUAUAUGUUUUGUUUAGAUAUACUUCUUGCAUAGCUUAAAUUUUUUAAAGUUGUAUCUAAUAAAAUGCCUUUUAACCAUUA